UCGACUAGUACAUUUCAAAGUGAUUUCAAAACAAGAGCGAAUGAAUUAAUUUUGUGUGCAGUUUUUGUUGAUUUUGCCAGUUUUUGAAUGUGAAUAAGCUUUCAGAAAGAAAAUUAUUAUUAAAAUAUAGAAGUUAGUUAGUUGGCACAUCAUUUUCCAAGAAAUAAAAUCGUGUUUUCCAUCAUUUUUAUUGGCUUUUUUUAGUAAGUAGGAUCUUUUUUGGAUUUAACAAUGUCCAAAGUGUGCUGUUUAUGUUUGUCUACAUUUUUGAUACUAGCAAAUGCUCUUCCAAAAGAGGAAAAUCACAAGGACCGGGUUUAUGAUAGAGAACCAAGCGAUAAAGAGCAUUUCGAAAAUGAACAUCAUAAUCCAGAGUAUGACCAUCAGGCAUUUUUAGGUGAAGAUGCAAAAGCUUUUGAUAAUUUACCACCAGAAGAAAGUAAAAGACGUUUAGGAAUUAUUUAUGAAAAGAUUGAUACAGACAAGGAUGGAUUUGUAUCACUCAUAGAACUUAAAGAUUGGAUCAGAUUUACCCAGAAGAGAUACAUUACUGAGGACGUCGAUAGAGUUUGGAAAGAACAAAAUCCCGACGACAAACCCACAAUAUCCUGGGAAAACUACAAAAACCUGGUUUAUGGAUUCCUGGAUCACGGUGCUGUGGGCGACAGUAACGAGGAAAAAACUUAUCGAUCCAUGAUGAAACGGGACCGUAGAAGAUGGACAGUAGCUGACCAGGAUGGUGACGAUAACCUAACCAAAGAAGACUUUGCUGCGUUUUUACAUCCCGAAGAAGUAGAACACAUGAAGAGUGUAGUCAUCCAGGAAACUCUAGAAGAUAUUGAUAAAGAUGAUGACGGGAAGGUUUCUAUCGAAGAAUAUAUAGGUGACUUGUACCGUAGUGAGGAGGGUGAGGAGGAACCUGACUGGGUUAAGAGUGAGAGGGAGCAGUUUACUUUGUACCGUGACAAAGAUGGAAAUGGGUAUAUGGAAGAAGAUGAAAUUAAACAGUGGAUUCUACCUGAUGAUUUUGAUCAUGCUGAAGCAGAAGCUAAGCAUCUUAUAUACGAAGCAGACUCGGAUUCUGACGAGCAACUUACCAAAGAAGAAGUGUUGAACAAGUAUGAUUUGUUUGUAGGGUCUCAAGCGACCGAUUUCGGUCAAGCUUUAGCGAGACACGAUGAAUUUUAAAUUUUUCUCUUUUUAGGUCCAUAAAAAUUGAUUUUUUUUAUAGAAUAAAAUAUUUUAUACAAGGGGUUGGCUCAGUUUUCUGAAAGAGGAAAAUUAAUAAUAUAAUGUGGUGUUUAGUUAUUAAUUUUUGAUAUAAGAUUCAGAUAGCAGCCACUGGGUAACUUUGUAUAAAAUAUUAAUAAGAAAAAUUAGGACUUUUUUUCUAAUAUUAAAUAUAAGUUAAAAAUAUUCAGAAAAAUGUACUAAAAUUGCAUUUUUUUCUUUAAUAUACGAAGAAAAAUUAUACUUAAAAAUUAGAUUUUAUUUUAUUGUAUAAUCUUGAAUUGGAAGUGCACCAUUUAAUAAAAAAAGUACGUCAAAUUUGAGUUAGUAAUGAGGAUUGUCAUUUUAAAAGCGAAACUAUAGGGAAUUUCAAAGCCAAGUUGACGCCCUUUUUUCUCUCAUACGGGGUAUUUUUAGGGACCUAAAAUUAAAUUACACCUUUUUUAUAGUUUUUAACAUAUUUUUAGUUAGUUUUAACACAUAAGUUUUAGUGAUUUUUACUGCCUUUUUUUUAAUAUUUUCCUAAACUCUGUGAGGUAUUAUAUAGGUAUACUGUGCAAUAGAAGAUUUUUGGGUAUUUUUCGCACUAACAAAGACUGACUCAGGACAAUUAGAGAUCUGAUUCUAUCGAAUCUGAGUUAUAUUCUAGGUAUUUGCAUUUAUUUAGAUAUAUAACUUUUUAUAAGCUUUAUUUUAUGUUGAACAUAAAUAAAAAUAGUUAAUAAGUGCCAUGCUUGUGUAAGCUGAUCAAUAUGUAAUAUAUUAUUUAUAAAUAUA